GAGAGAAACAUGUCAUUAAGGUGUUGUCAAAAGGAGUACUGUAUGUGUGGGCAGGUCCCUAGGUUUGUGGUUUUAGCUUUUCAAAGGCGAGGAGCUAUUAUGGGCUAUGGGAUCAAGUUCGGGAAAACUAGGUUCUUUAUCUUGAAAAAUGGCUUUGUAACAGGAGGCGCCAAGGAGCUUAAGUACACCUAACUCGCACCCGGGAGAGAAAAUGACGAAAGUUCCUCAGGGGUUUGAUUUCAGUUUCCUAAACGAGGAAGAAGCCAGGAAGAUCCUCCUGGUACUGGAAAGAAAUGAGGAACUCCGAAGGGCAGAGAAGGACAGAAUCAGCAAACUUCAAAAGACAAAGAGGGAUAUCAGAUGGCUUCAAGGAGCAACUGGUGAAUGGUUUGAAGAAAUUCAAAGAAAGAAGUUUUGCAAUGAAACAGAUGUUAGCCAAAUGUUAAAACCACCGCUUACAUACAGGCUACGGAAAGGAAUGGCAAAAAAUGAUCCGAUGGAAUUACAAACAUCAAGAUCUAAAAACCUAAUGAACCAAAAACCAUCUGUUUCUCCCCGAAUGAGCUUCCGAUCAUCGUUUGCUUCACUGUUCUCCUUCAGAAGAUCGGGGAAGGAGACACUUAAGCUUCAGUCUCAGAGAGCAAAGGGGUGUGAUGACCCUGUGGGACCUCCAGUGUCUGUAAAGGAGACAACUGCAGCAAAAAUAUACAAUUCACCAGUUGCCAGUGCCUUUGUUCCUAAUCCAGCCACCAUGAGGGAGGAGAGUGGCAUGCCUCCACCCUGGGACUCUUCCCUGCUGGAGAGCGAGUUUUUCCAAGUUUUAGAUGAUUUGGACAGCAAGCUGGCUCAGGAACAAUCUGCAGGCUCAGUGAAUACCAGAGUGCCAUUCAACUAUGGGUCAAGAAUACAGUUCAAACAUUCUCAGUCAAGUAGGAAUGGGCAUGGUCAUACCACAAGAAAGCACCAGAACUACCAUGAUGAAACUUCCAACAUGUCCAUCUAUGACAUACUGAGACCAGGAACUCCUAGAGAAGGUUUCAAAACCUUUUCUCCUAGGACAAAGACAAUUUAUGAUAUGUAUAGAAGCAGGGAGCCCAGAGUCUUAAAAGAGGACUUUAUACAAAAGAAUACAUUUGGUAGUACAUCGUUAUGCUUUGACAGCCGGCAACGAUCAGCCUCACCAGCCACAGGGCGUUUUACUGCAAGGAGUUUACACUUUCCAGCUGAUACUCUAAACAAGAAUAGUUUUACACCAGUAAGGCACCAGCAAAGCCCCAAAAGAACUCCUUUAUCAUCCAUCAUAUGGAAUAGGUCAGAUUCUUCUAGAUAUAGGCAGAAUUGGGAAGAGUCGCCAGGGGCACCAUCACCAAUGGAUAUCGACCCUGCUGAUCACUAUGUGGCUCCUAAGUGUUUUCAGGAGAGUAGGAGGUAUGAGUGGUACCAUUCACAGAGUGCUUAUCAAGGCACCCCUCUAAAUGCCCCCAUGGAUGGUGCCAUGAGUCCUGACACAUUGGAGAACUCAGAGAAUAUGCCAUUCUACCAUCAGAAUAACCCAUUUGCAAAGUCUUUUUUCAGCAGUACCUUCAGAAAGAGUGGAGAACAGAGAUUUGGACAGAAUUCCUCUUGGAGCCAACAUGAAGAACAUUCUUUCUGGUCUGACUUACACCAGAGCAGGAAGCCAUUCCCUUCUGACAGGGACUUUGAAAUGAUUUCUGUUGAAGCAAACAGGGCACCAUCUAUUUAUAGCCAUGGUGUCCCUUCUCAACGCUGGAGGCCACAUUCUCCUAGCUAUGGAACAUACGUUUUCAGAGGUCAAGAGGAUCCACAUUGCUGGCGAUCUGAUCUUCAAACAUCCCCACUGGAGAGCAUGGACACAUCACAUGUCAAUGAGAACCAAUUUCUACCCGAUUUUGUCACACCACAUAGUUUUUCCAUGCCUGGCUCAAGCUGCCACAUUCAGUCUUCCAUGCUGAACUGUCAGCAGGGCCAUCGUCCUGUAGACUUAGCUGUAGAUGAGAAGCCACGCUUGUUUGGCAAGGCUCAGACUCUAGUAUCCUCCUUCAGAACUCCCUUCCCCCUGAUUCCUGAUGGCAGGAGGGAUUCUCUCCAGAAUUCCACAGUUGCUCCUGAGAAAAUAAUCCCUGAUAAGCCAGACUCUCUUCCAAUAAGAAACCAUACAGAAGUUACUGUGGCUGAUAGCCACUCAACUGGAUCGCUGUCUCUUACUGAAACCAAGCCCAACAUCCCAGUCACAGAAAUGAACACUGAGAAAGAUGUGAACGAAUCUUGUUCAGAGGAUGAACGACUUAACAAGGUGGGCCAGAAAAACAAGGCAAGUGGGUUACCCCAACCUAUUUCACAGGCAGAGAUCUUUAAUGAUUUACCCAGUUUUCAAAAUGCCCACUCCCAAGACUCAACCCAGAACUCCAGGUUUGUUUUUAAUGAUUCUGCCACAGUAAGUUCCAGAAGGUCACCCAGAGUCUUUUCCAGGAAAGGCACUUCCCAAAUGCAAACAACACAAAGAGAUAAAGCCAAUGAACUGAGCAAAGAUAAAGGCUUUCCUGAGAAUGGGAAACUUGACUCAGCAGCUUCCCUGAUUCUCAUUCAAGAACAUAGGACACCGCCAUCUCUUCCCAGCCCAGAUCAAGGCUGUCACCAGAAAACAGGAAGAAAUGAAGAUAGUUCAAGCAUCAUUAAAAAUAACCACUGGUGCUUUGAAUCCACUGUUACCCAAAAAGCAGAAUCCCCAGAGGAGCCUGCUAGUUUGGAUCUGGAGCGACAACAAUGUUCUACCAAUAGCAGCAGGCUGGCCUCCAAGCCCAGUGUCUCACAAGAUUCUUUAGAUGUGUCAUCAGGUGUACCCCAAGAUUCCUUACCAUUGAAUGAUUCUUUCCCUGGUGUUCUGUUGAUACCUUCUACUACAAGGUUCUCCGGGAGACUUUCAGACCAAGAUCCAUCUCAAGAAGAAAGAGAAGAAAAAGAUGAGGCUAUAGAGAACCAAAAUAGUCAGUUGACUGUGAAUUCUACAGAUAACCAAGAGAGUCAUGACAGUCCUGCACGUAUGCAUGAUGCUGUCCACUGCCAUCCAUACUCUCCCUUCAGAAAUGGGAGGGGGAAAGGAAGAGUAAGGCACCGUGUGUCCUGUAUUGAGAAGCUAACCAAGACAGAGAAUAGAGCAGCACCCACAGUCAAAGGCAGUAGCCUCACUGAGGACCAAAGUAGUGUCAAAGCCCCUGAGCUCAGCACAGUCUAUUGCACCUUGCCAAGAAAACCAGCCAGCUUUCUCAUACACAGCAGCCAGAAAGAAAGUAAGAUAAUGCCUGCUUCAAUUAGGAAUGGGCCAAUUCCAUUCCAAAUAAAAAACAAAGUGGAUGUUUCAACUAGGAAGAGCACAUCUGACAAACCCAGUUCUCCUAAGUCAAUGAGUGAUGCUUCAGAUUCCAUCGUGGGGAAGCCUGAAGCCACCAAGAAAACCACAAAUAUGAAAGUCAUUAAAUCAGCUUCUGUUAGGAAAGGGCCUCUCCCUUUCCUCAUCAAGAGAGCGAUAUCAUGUCCUUCAGGGGAGCCAGGUACCUUAGCUGAAAGUGGUGAAAGAGAAAAGUCACCAGUCCUGGAUGUGGAUGCCUCUGCUGUAAUGCCCAGACCUUGGGGAAGAAUCUUCAGUUCUCUGGAAGGUAACUCAUCAUUUAGAGAGAGCACUUUCUCCGAAAGACACAAUCAAGAGGAGCUUGUUCAAGAAGACACCAGGAAGGAUUAUGAGGUGCCUGCCCCUGGAACGAGCUCAUUCACCCCUUCAAACAAAACCCCCAAGCCUGUACAUGCAGACGCAUCAAGAAAAGAGAGCAAGAAAGCCUUACAUAAGUUGAAGACAACCAGCAUGUUCUCUGUUUCUGGUGAUGAAGAGAAUGUGAAAUGUCUUGAGGUGGUUUCAAUAUAUUAUACUCUACCAAGGAAACCCAGCAAAAAAUUCUGCAGCCUCCUUCAGCAAUAUGCUCAAGGCACAGAUUCACUUCGAGAUGCUUUCCAGGGAGAGACUGAAGCAUUCCCUAAUGCUUUGGGAAAUGAUGAGCUGAAUGGUCCCGCACGAGUGCAGUCAGGAAUACUUCCACUGCCAGACCUAAAGAUGCAAGUGGACUCUGCCCGAUGCUGUCUUUCUCACAGCACUGAAAAUGAGGCUGUCUCCCGACUGCCAAAUAGGAAGGCUCCCCAAUAUAUCUUGGAGGAAAUGGCUUCUGUGAGGCCAGAUGUUUCUCUUCAUAAAGGAGAACCUAACACCAAAGAUAUUUCCACAGCUAAAACAGUGGUAGAUGAUUCACUAGGUGAGAAAAAGAGAGGGGAGAAGUUCCCAAAACAAAUCCUACAGAGCUUGUUGCUGCCCCAGGAAAAAAGUGCUGGAGAAGAGAACACUCAAAGUCAUCAACAGCCUUCUAAAGGAGGAGACGGUGGGCCCCCUGGCCUUCCAGCCCACUCAGAAGGUAAUGCUGAAAAUUCCCAAACCAGAAGAAAUUCCAGAGCGUGUGCAGAUGUCACAGCUACUAUAUCACCAGGACACGGACGGUAUCCUUGGAGAGAUCACAUGGCUGUAGUUAUAGACGACAGUUCUAGUGGGUCACAGCCUAGGGAAGCCACUGGGACAACUGGAUCAGACUGCCGAAACCUGACUGAUAGAAUGCUCUCUGACUCAGAAAGGCAAGCCUUCGCUCUAACCCCAGCAUUGCAUAAGCUGCAGCUAACCAAAGAGGCCCAGUCACGGGGAGCAGAUCUGCAGCAAGAACCCAGACCGGCAGGAAGGCAGGAGACAACUACAGCAGAGACCGAGAAGGUUAAAGAUGAAGCACAAAAGUUGGCCUGGGAUCAAACUUUACUUCCUGGAGGAAAUAAUGACAAUGAAGCCAACAUGGGUGACCUAGAAACAAAAGAAAACAGAUACCCAGUUAAACACAGACUGACAGCCGUGUCUAACACAAGCAGAAAAAUCCCAGCUAAGGAUUUAAGUCCCAGAAGACACGUAGCCACUGUUUUCUCCCAAAGUGAAAGCCAAUCUGACUUUAGGGGGUUAUCUCUUUGCAGACCAGAGGACAGCCCACUAUCCCCUGAACCUGUUGUUAAACCCACAGAGCCCACAGAUGAAAGCAGCCUGGUAAAUGUGAACAAAUCUGAGACACCUCUCCAAGCUACUGCAGUAUCCAACCAGGAACCUCCUUGUCAGUCCUACAAUCAGAGGUCUGCUAACAUUUCACAACCACAUCAGAAUGAGCUGAACAAUGUCUUCGAAACACCCUCAAAGAGUGGGGAUUCUAGAGCCCAGAUUUCGGGGGAGUCGGGAGGCCCAGCUCAGCUCACACUUACCAGCCCCAUAGGAAAAAGCUCUAGCCACCAGCAGAGGUUAAGUUUCCCUUUCCCCCUGGAAUCUGCGCUGAAAUCUACAAUAAACCUGUCCCAUUGUCAACUGCGCCACCGCAGUGCCCCAUCUCCAGAGUCAGAACCUGAGCCUCACCUCUAUAGGUCAAAGAGUUUAAAAAACUUCAAUAUGCACGGUGACGGGCUAUGCACAAGCCAUCCUCCCAAAGCCAGGGGGCGCCAUUUUUCUGAGAACACUUCCAUCAACACUGCUCUCAGUCAACUGUCCCUUGAUGAUGACUCUUCCCACAACAGUGCUUACAGUCGAAGAUUCAAAUCUUUUUCUGAGCUUCCUGCGGCUGAUGAAAGUGAAAGUUGGGCGUUGUAUAACAACAGGACCAGAUCGGGUCCCAAGUCCACCUCAUCCAUUUCCAGGCCUAUUGACUAUGGGAUUUUUGGGAAGGAACAGCAGUUGGCUUUCUUGGAGAAUGUCAAGAGGUCACUCACACAAGGAAGAUUAUGGAAGCCAAGUUUCCUCAAGAACCCUGGCUUCCUCAAGGAUGAUGUACUCAAUGCUUCCAACCUGUCGAAGUUAGAGCUGUUGAAUUCAGGUGGUCGGUCACCAGAAGAUGGCUUAGUUCCAAGUGAACCACUUAAUAUCUAUGAGGAAGACCCAGUGGACUCAGACCGAGACACGGACACAACCACCGAUGACGAAUACUACCUGGAUGAAAAUGAUAAAGAGUCAGAACUAUGAGACUGCAAGAAACUGCAUAAUAUAAUAGUCUACAUUUUGCUUUUUAACCAAAAUCUUAUUGUCAAAAUGAAUCUAAAUUUAUAGACAGGUAAAAGAAGAUCUGGCUUGGGCAGUGUCUACACAAAAAUAAUCCAUUUCUUUCUUUUCCAUGUAUGUAUGUAUGUAUGUAUGUAUGUAUGUAUGUAUGUAUAUAUGUAUUUUUUCUUCUGAAUUCUAAGAACGAUUGCUGGUUU